AUGGCAUCAACAAACUUCGAACUACCAGAUCCUACAUCAGAUCUUCUUUGGUCUGCUUUCCGUGGUGCUAUUCAGGAUAUCUUCACUGCAAAUGCUGAAGCCCAUCCUGAUAGACUUUGUGUAGUGGAAACUGCAUCAGCAUCUUCGCCAAGGAGAGAAUUCACCUACCGACAGAUUAAUGAAGCUUCAAAUAUUUUAGCUCAUCAUUUGGUGGAGCGUGGAGUCAAACGAAAUGAAGUUGUCAUGUCAUAUAGUUACCGUGGUGUGGACUUGGUUGUCACUGUCAUGGGAAUCUUAAAGGCUGGUGCCAUUUUCUCAGUCAUUGAUCCUUCUUAUCCUCCUGAUCGACAAAACAUCUAUCUUGAUGUAGCGAGACCAAGGGCUUUGGUAGUCAUUGAGAAAGCCACUAAAGAGGCUGGAGAGUUAACGGAGAAAGUACGUAACUUCAUUGCGGAGAAUUUGGAUUUGAAGACCUACAUCCCAAGUCUCGAAUUGAAGGAUGAUGGUACCUUGGUCGGUGGUGAUGAUCAAGGGAACGAUGUUUUCAAAGACCAACAAUCAUUGAAGGCCAAGAGUCCUGGUGUCAUUGUUGGACCUGAUUCCACACCUACUUUAUCAUUUACUUCGGGCUCGGAAGGUCGUCCCAAGGGUGUUCGAGGAAGACAUUACUCCCUUGCAUACUAUUUUGACUGGAUGGCGGAGAGAUUUGGUCUGUCCAAGAAUGACAAGUUCACAAUGUUGAGUGGUAUUGCUCAUGAUCCUAUUCAGAGAGAUAUCUUUACACCUCUCUUCCUUGGUGCCCAGUUAUUGGUUCCAUCAAAGGAUGAUAUUCAGCAUGAAAGAUUGGCUGAAUGGAUGAGAGAACAUGGUGCGACUGUUACUCACUUGACACCGGCAAUGGGUCAAAUUUUAGUUGGCGGAGCUAGUGCUGAAUUUCCGGCUCUUCACCACUCCUUUUUCGUCGGAGAUAUUUUGAUCAAGAGGGAUUGUAAGGCUCUACAAAAGUUGGCCCCGAAUGUGUUUAUCGUGAACAUGUAUGGAACAACCGAAACACAGCGUGCAGUCAGUUAUUACGAGAUCCCAAGCCGGGCUUCGGAUCCACAAUAUUUGGAAAACAUGGGAAAUGUGAUUCCCGCUGGUAAAGGAAUGAAAGACGUACAGCUACUAAUUGUCGAUCGCGAGAAUCGAAACCGUAUUUGUGAUAUGGGCGAAAUUGGUGAGAUAUACGUUCGCGCCGCUGGACUUGCUGAAGGCUAUCUUGGAAGUGACGAACUCAACAAGGCCAAGUUCGUGGACAGUUGGUUUGUUGAUAACUCCAAGUGGGUCGAGGAAGAUGCAAAGAACGCAAAAUCCUUAUCCGAAGAACCAUGGAGAGAGUUUUAUAAGGGUCCAAGAGAUCGAAUGUAUCGAUCAGGAGAUCUGGGUCGAUAUACUCAAACUGGAGACGUAGAGUGUGUUGGUCGAGCAGAUGAUCAAGUCAAGAUUCGCGGAUUCAGAAUUGAACUUGGUGAAAUUGACAAGUAUCUCUCAGAUCACGUUAUGGUUAUGGACAAUGUCACUUUGGUCAGGAGGAACAAGGAUGAAGAGCAAACACUUGUCAGCUAUAUCGUACCUGAUAUGCCAAAGUGGGCACAGUGGUUAGAACAAUUAGGGCUUCAAGAUGACACUUCCGGCGGCGAAGGAAUCCAAGGAAGACUUCGAAGGUUUUGGCCUCUUGGUGACGAUAUCAGGAAAUAUCUCAAGACCAAGCUGCCCUCCUAUGCAAUUCCGGAAGUUAUCAUUCCUUUGGAUAAAUUCCCUCUCAAUCCAAAUGGAAAAAAGGAUAAGCCUGCACUUCCAUUCCCAGAUGCUGCACAGUUGGCAGCAGCAAGACCUGUUGGAGCAUAUUCCGAACUCUCGGAUUCCGAAAAAGAGGUUGCAGCCAUUUGGGGGUCAUUGAUUCCUACUAUUGAUGAGAGAACCAUCAACCCUGAUGAUUCAUUCUUCGAUAUCGGAGGGCACAGUAUCUUGGCACAACUAAUGCUUUUCAAAGUCAAUAAGAAAUGGACUGGGAUUAACAUCAAUAUGAGUGUUAUCUUCCGAAACCCAACCUUGAAAGGAUUUGCCGGAGAGAUCGCACGCAGAUCUUCAUCUGAUGGCGAUGUGAAAGAAGAGGUUGAAGUUGCUGAGGAUUAUGCAGGAGAUGCCCAUGCACUUGCCAAGACUCUCCCAGCAACAUUCCCCUCGGCGGAUGAGAAGAUCACACCAACAACUCCUCUUACCGUCUUCCUUACUGGCGCUACCGGUUUCCUCGGUUCCUACCUUAUGCGCGAUCUUCUCUCCCGCUCUCAAGUUAUCAAAGUAAUUGCUCACGUGCGCGCACUUGAUUCCAAGGCAGCCCUCGAUCGUGUCAUCCAAACUUGCCAAGCCUAUGGGGUUUGGGAUCCUUCUUGGACGUCCCGCAUUUCCUGCGUUGUCGGUAACCUUGGAGAAGCACAACUCGGUCUUUCCCCCGAGGACUGGAAGACCAUCUCCGAGACUGCAAAUGUGAUCAUACAUAACGGAGCUCAGGUUCACUGGGUGUACCCGUACCAAAAUCUUAAGCCCGCCAAUGUUAAGGGAACCCUUGACAUCCUUUCUCUUUGCGCAACAGGCAUCCCCAAACGUCUCUCCUUCGUCUCGUCUACCUCCGUCCUUGAUACCGACCAUUUCGUUCAGCAAUCACGAUCAGGCGUCGCCGUCUCCGAAGAAGAUGAUCUCUCCGGCUCAGCAAAAGGUCUCGGCACGGGGUACGGCCAAUCCAAAUGGGUAGCCGAGUAUCUCGUCCGCACAGCCGGCUCUCGUGGUCUUCGUGGAACUGUCGUUCGACCUGGUUACAUCACCGGCGACAAAACAUCCGGUGUGACCAACACCGAUGACUUUUUAGUCCGCAUGGCAAAAGGCUGCAUUCAACUCUCCUGCCGUCCCCGUAUCACCAACGCAGUCAAUCAAGUCCCCGUCAACCACGUUGCGCGCGUCGUCAUCGCAUCAGCCUUACACCCGGCCCAAACACCCCUAGGUGUCGCGCAAGUGACAUCGCACCCCAGACUGACCUUCUCGCAAUAUCUCUCCACACUCGAAACAUACGGCUACACCAUUCCCGAAGUAUCAUACCCCGUCUGGAGCCAAAAACUCCAAGAAUACGCCGCAAACGAGUCCCCAGAAAAAGAACAGCAUGCCCUGAUGCCCCUCUACCAUUUCGCAACCUCGGAUCUCCCCGCCGACACUAUCGCGCCGGAAAUGAAUGAUGAUAAUGCAGAAAUCUCACUUCGUGCUGAUAAAGAGUUUACGGGUGAGGAUUUAAGUAAGGGGGGUUAUAUAGAUGAACAGAUUAUGGGUAAUUAUUUGGCUUAUUUGGUGGGGAUAGGCUUUUUGCCAACUCCUGUUCGUGAGGGAGGAAAGGGGAUGGGGAGGGAUUUGCCGAAGAUUAGGAUUAGUGAUGAGCAGAAGGGGGCGUUGUUGAGGGUUGGAGGGAGGGGUGCGCUGGUUUGA